AUGAAGUACUCUACUUUCGUCGUCGCCGCAGCAGCUGGUUCUGCCGCAGCUUCUUCCUCUGCAUACGGCCAAUGUGGUGGUAACGGAUGGACUGGUGCCACUGACUGUGUCGCUGGCUACCACUGUGUUUACUCGAACGACUGGUACUCUCAGUGCAUUCCUGGAACCGGUUCCGGUGCCAGCUCUGCCGCUGCUGCUGCCACCACUAAGGUCGUGACCUCGGCCAAGGCUUCCACUACUCAGGCCCCUUCCAAGGCACCUGUCUCCACUAGCGCUGCCUCUACUAGCAAGGCUGCUUCUUCUUCCUCCGGAAAGGUCAAGUACGCCGGUGUCAACAUUGCUGGUUUCGACUUCGGUAUGGACACCAACGGUGCCUCUUCUGGCUCCUACGUCGACCCCGGAACCACUGGUCAAAACCAGAUGAACCACUUCGUCAAGGACGACAAGCUCAACGCCUUCCGUCUCCCCGUUGGCUGGCAGUACCUUGUCAACAGCAAGCUCGGUGGUGACCUUGACACCACCUUCUUCGCCAAGUACGACCAGCAGAUGACUUACUGCUUGAACUCUGGUGCUGCCCUUUGUAUCCUUGACCUCCACAACUACGCCCGCUGGAACGGCCAAAUUGUUGGCACCUCCGGUGGCCCUACCAACGCUCAAUUUGCUUCAAUUUGGAGCCAAUUGGGCAAGAAGUAUGCUAGCAAGCCUAAGGUUGCUUUCGCUAUCAUGAACGAGCCCCAUGAUCUUCAGGACAUCAACGCCUGGGCCACUACCGUUCAGGCCGCUGUCACCGCCAUUCGUCAGGCAGGUGCCACCCAGAACAUGAUUCUGCUUCCCGGCAACGACUGGACCCAUGCCGCCAAUUUUGUGGACAACGGCUCCGCUGCCGCUCUUAACAAGAUCACCAACCUUGACGGCAGCAAGACCAACCUCGUCUUCGAUGUCCACCAAUACUCCGACUCUGACGGCAGCGGUACCUCCUCCACCUGCGUUUCCUCCAGCUCCAACAUUGCAGGCUUCACCAAGCUCGCCAACUGGCUCCGCAGCAACGGUCGCCAGGCCAUACUCACCGAGGCUGGUGGCUCUAACGACCAGUCUUGCCUUACUGCCGUCUGCGAUGUUCUCAACUACCUCAUGACCAACAGCGAUGUCUACCUUGGCUGGACUGGUUGGUCUGCUGGUAUGUUCGCUACCGACUAUGUUCUUUCCGAGGUUCCUACUGGCAGUGCUGGAUCCUACAAGGAUCAGGCUAUUGUUACCAAGUGCAUUGCCGGUGUCUUCAACUCUAAAUAA